AUGAGCCGCUUCCACGACAGUCCAAUCGUAUAUUUCAUUGGUUUACCUUAUCCACUAAACCCAAAGGAACGCGGAACGCAUCUCGCUGUCACCCCGCAACAACUUGAGUCUCGCGGAGGUUCUCCGCUUUUCCGCGAGAGCAAGUGCGGGGAUGUGCCGGGUACUUGGGGUCUCAAUAAUACGGCGCAUUUUUCGUCUUCCGCGAUUCCCUUCAAGCCUCCCUACGUAAACAUGGUUUGCGUCUAUCAGGAGCCACCCCCCGCACAGCCUAGUCGGGUUGAAGCAGAAUUAAGCGCGAUGAAUAAACGCUUAGACCAAUUAUUCAGCUUGCUGGUUCCAGUCGCACCCAUUUCCCCGGAUCCUCGUGCUGCAGGUCUGAGCGAUGAAUACGAUGCUUCAACCGAGGCAGGUGCUUCCCCGUUUGAUCUACCUUCCAAGCUCCUCGGCAACUCCUCGGUCAUGGAUGUAUUGGGGCUGGAUACCGAUUUUGCCAAGUCCUUGAUUCGAGGAGAAAGGACCGCUCAAGCCGACGAGAGUUCGGAAGGCGGGAGACCACACCUGCUUAUUGUUCAUCAUCGACAUGCAGUAAGUGGCUUGGAAGGACAUGACACAAACACAGUUGAAAUGACGCGGCGCGUAUAUUGGGGGGUGUUGUUACUGGAGAAGUAUGCAAUUUAUUUCACCCACUACGAUCGUGUUCUUACUGAUCUUGAUCAUAGUGAAAUUGCUGGCCAGUUGGACCUCGCCAGGAGUGAUAUUUGGUGCCUGGAUGAAUGUGUUCCACUUCCUCUAUGCCAACAAACGUGGGAAUUCACUCCCGAGAUGGCCUCAAAGGCUCUCGCAACCUCAUCCCCCCCACAUGAUGCGCCAUUGCUUAAUGCGAGUGAAGACGCAACACGAUCAUACUUCUUAGCAGAGGUCGCCAUGAGACGUAUGCUCCAUCGAUGCAAUACAGCAGUUCAAGCUACCUCCACUGGGAAAUAUGUCUAUGCCCCGUAUAUCGCAGUAGAGUUGGAACGCCAACUUGAGGAAUGGUACUGCCACCUACUCAAUAUAAGUCGCUUCGACAAGGGUGACGCUAUGCAAGAUGAAGGAAGUGCAGGUCUCCUUCGGGAUGACUGCCAGAAAUUCUUUGAUUCCUAUAUCUUGUUAACCCCAAGUAUUGUAGCAGCUUUUCAGGACUGCUUAGUGAACCGGUGGACAUUGUUUGUUAGUUCUACGAAUGCAUCCGAGCAGCAGGACGUGCCGAUCAGGCCAUCAUACGAAGAAGUUCAUCCUUGA